AUGAAAAGAACAGGAACUGAAGACGACUACAUUCAACUAUCAACAAAUAUGAAUAAAUUUAAUAAAUUAGUUCGAAAAAUAAGAGGAGUUUCAAGCAAUGUCAAAGCAGAUUCAAUUUUUAUACUUUCUUCUCCACUCACAUUACUCAAUAAGUAUACAAGACUUUUCACUAUUUUAGGAAUGAAAUCGGCAUUCACAAAAGAUCCGGGAUUCAAUAGAGCAAGACAAAUUAUAGCAUUACUUAUUAGAAAAAUAGGACAAAAUGUAGAAGUGCCAAAACAGUGGACUUUAUUUAAAAGUAAAAACAAAAACAAAGACGAAGAGCAACUUGAAGAUAAAAGAGAACGUGGUGGUUCUUUUUCAAAAAGUCGUUUACGACUUUUUUCCAAAUAA